AUGUUGUCUGAAAGAACCCACGGUAGUCUUCCAGGUAACACAGAACCAAACCCUAGAGGGCACGUUAAUGCAGUAAUGACAAGGAGGGGUAAAGCCACGGGACCUGACAAAUCGGACUCACCACCGAUCAGUCAUAUGGUCCAAACUGACGCUUCGGACGAGGUGCACGCUAGGCGAGUCCCAGCAAGUACAGCACAGUUCCAGGAGCCAGUUAAAGAUUUCAUUCCUCCUGUCCCAUAUCCGAGCAGACUGAAGAAGCAAAAGAAUGAUGAACAACAUGGUAAGUUUUUAGAGAUGUUUAAACAAUUGCACAUAAACAUACCAUUUGUUGAGGCGUUGGCUCAAAUGCCUAAAUACGCAAGGUUCUUAAAAGACAUCCUCACCAACAAGCAGAAGCUCGAAAGCUUGUCUUGUGUGUUGAUGAAUGAAAACUGUUCAGCCCUUCUCCAAAACCGUCUACCUGAAAAGAUGGGAGAUCCGGGCAGUUUUACUCUUCCCUGCCUAAUUGGUAGCAUGUCUGUCAGUCACGCAUUAGCCGAUUUAGGAGCUAGCAUAAACCUUAUGCCAUAUAAGGUCUUUGCUAAAUUAGAUCUGGGUGAACCUUCACCCAUUAGAAUGAGAAUUCGACUUGCAGAACGUUCAAACAAGUAUCCGCGUGGAUUUGUUGAAAACAUGCUUGUUAAAAUCGAUAAAUUUGUUUUUCCCGUGGAUUUUGUUAUUUUAGACAUGGACGAAGACUCAAAAGUUCCAUUAAUACAUGGACGCCCGUUCCUCAAUACUGCAAGGACGAUUGUUGAUGUGGCAGCUGGCCAAAUCACGCUCCGAGUAAAUGACGAGCACGUGACCUUUGAUAUCAAAAGAUCAAUGCAACAUCCGCAAAGUCACGAUGACAUGCUUUACUAUGUCGACAUUGUCGAUACUUGUGUAAGCUCUUAUUUCCAAGGUUCUAUUGAAGAAAUUAAUACGGACACACAUCUGUUGUGUGAGAAUCAACAUGGCAUUUCGCAGGAGGGCCAUGAAACUGAGCAGCCGGUUUUCCAAAUCGGUGAUGAUGGUUCUCAAAGUCUAGAUCAAUUUGUGGAGAUUGAACGUGAAGUUUAA